AUGCCCGAGCCGAACGUCGUCUCCUGGAACACCGUCAUCGCCGCGCUCGCGCGGUCGGAGCGCGCGGGCGAGGCGCUGGAGCUCUACGACGGGAUGCUGCGGGAGGGCCUCGUCCCGACGCACUUCACGCUCGCCAGCGUGCUCAGCGCGUGCGGCGCCGUGGGCGCGCCCGAGGACGGGAGGCGCUGCCACGGCCUCGCCGUCAAGGUCGGGCUCGACGAGAACCAGUUCGUCGAGAACGCGCUCCUCGGCAUGUACACCAAGUGUGGGAGCGUCGGGGAGGCGGUCCGGCUGUUCGACGGGAUGGCAAGCCCGAACGAGGUGUCGUUCACGGCGAUGAUGGGAGGGCUGGCGCUGACCGGGUCCGUCGACGAUGCGCUCAGGCUGUUCGCCAGGAUGUGCAGGAGCGGGAUCCGCGUUGAUCCGGUGUCUGUCUCCAGUGUCCUCGGCUCGUGCGCGCAAGCUUGCUCCAGUGAGUUCAACGUUAGUCGCGCAUUCCAGCUUGGACAGUGCAUUCACGCCUUGAUUGUCAGAAAAGGCUUUGGGUCAGACCAGCAUGUGGGGAACUCAUUGAUCGACAUGUACACCAAGUGCAUGCAAAUGGAUGAGGCCGUCAAGGUUUUCGAGUCGUUGCCCACCGUCAGUAUCGUUUCUUGGAACAUCCUUAUAACUGGAUUCGGCCAGGCGGGCAGUUAUGAGAAGGCUUUAGAAGUACUGAACCUGAUGGUAGAGUCAGGCUCUGAGCCCAAUGAGGUCAGUUACAGUAACAUGCUCGCAUCUUGCAUUAGGGCGAAGGAUGUUCCGUCUGCUCGUGCAAUGUUCGACAAGAUAUUAAGUCCGAGUUUGACUACAUGGAACACACUUUUAUCUGGCUACUGCCAGGAGGAGCUGCAUCAAGACACAGUCGAGUUGUUUAGGAGGAUGCAGCAUCAAAAUGUGCAGCCUGACCGGACAACUUUGGCCGUGAUCCUCAGUUCAUGCUCCAGAUUGGGGAUUUUGGAUCUCGGAGCGCAAGUUCAUUCUGCUUCAGUAAGACUCCUGUUACAUAAUGACAUGUUCGUCGCUAGUGGUUUGGUGGAUAUGUAUUCGAAAUGUGGGCAGAUUGGUACUGCUAGGUGCAUUUUCAACAGGAUGACAGACAGAGAUGUGGUGUGUUGGAAUGCCAUGAUCUCAGGUUUGUCUAUCCAUUCUUUUAACAAAGAGGCCUUUGAUUUCUUCAAGCAGAUGCGUAGAAAUGGAAUGAUGCCCACAGAAUCCACCUAUGCCAGUAUGAUUAAUUCAUGUGCAAAAUUGUCUUCAGUACCUCAAGGUAGGCAGAUACAUGCACAGGUUGUGAAAGAUGGUUAUGAUCAAAAUGUCUAUGUUGGCAGUGCCCUGAUUGAUAUGUAUGCCAAAUGUGGCAACAUGGAUGAGGCACGCCUUUGCUUUGACACCAUGGUGACUAAGAACAUAGUUGCAUGGAAUGAGAUGAUACAUGGAUAUGCUCAGAAUGGUUUUGGAGAGAAAGCUGUUGAAUUGUUUGAGCAUAUGUUAACUACAGAACAAAGGCCAGAUAGUGUCACGUUCAUUGCUGUCCUAACAGGAUGUAGUCACUCCGGGCUCAUAGACGAAGCUAUUGCAUUAUUUGAUUCCAUGGGUAGCACUUACGGAAUUACACCAGUGGCUGAGCACUACACAUGUCUCAUAGAUGGAUUGGGGCGAGCGGGUCGUCUUGUUGAAGUGGAGGCCCUAAUAGACAGAAUGCCGUGCAAAGAUGAUCCUAUAUUGUGGGAAGUUCUACUUGCUGCAUGUGCGGUACAUCACAAUGCUGAAUUGGGGGAAUGUGCCGCGCAGCACCUGUUCCACCUUGAUCCAAAGAAUCCAUCACCUUAUGUGCUCUUGUCAAACAUAUAUGCUUCCUUAGGCCGACAUGGAGAUGCAUCAGGUGUUAGGGCACUGAUGAUUAGCCGUGGAGUCGUGAAAGGUGGUGGAUACAGCUGGAUAGAUCACAAGGAUGGUGUUCGUGCCUUUAUGGUUGCUGAUGAUCUCCAAACGUUCAGUGGAGAAUCUGCAAUGUGCAGCAAUCAAGAGAGCACUGCUGGAGUUACAGAAGUACACAAAAAACAGACCUGUGCUGGUUGAUCCGUAUCUGGAGUUUCUGCUGUCAAAUGCACUAGUGAAUCUGAUUCAGGAUAGCUGUAUUCAGUGGCCUCUCAGGUUUCAUUCUAUUUUCUUGAGAGCCUCAGGCUUCACUGUUGUAUCUAGCUUCGGCUGGAAGAAGGGAAAAUGGAAGAAGGAAAGCACAAUCUAAAUGCUUGGUAGAAAGAAUAUGCAACAUAUGAAUGGGCUGUGUUGCUGAUGAUCUCUAAACGUUCAGUGGGGAAUCUGCAAUGUUAAGCAAUCAAGGGAGCACUGCUGGGGUUACAGUUACAGAAGUACACCAAAAAGAGACCUGUGCUGGCUGAUCUGUCUCUGGGGUUUCUGCUAUCAGAUGCACUCGUGUAGUAGAAUUCAGUAGCCUCAGGUUUCACUCAGGUUUUGUUUUAUUUGCUUGAGCGCCUCCGGCUUCGCUGUUGUAUAGUAGCUUCGGCUGGAAGAAGGAAAACAAUCUGGUAGAAAGAAUAUGCGAGAUGGGA